AUGUCUACGCUACGCCAAUAUACCGGCGGUGCCUACGGCUUCGAGUCGCGCUUUGUAUGUCUCCGUCCGUCGGUGGCCGCCUUCCUCUCCGUGACGGCUCCCGCACCAGGCACGAGCACUAUCCCUUUCUUUCUGAAUGUAGCGGGUAGUUUAUCAUAUGAGAGCAUGUUCCGCGAGGCAGGUCUAUCACCGCCGAGAAACUGCGAGAACGGGAACUGUUUUCCGUCAGGUUUCAACUGCUCGCUGCCUCAGUUCCAAUACACUGAAACGCAGGCACGACAGGGCUUCACCAACAGCUUGUGCAUCCCCAAUGGCACAGCCGCACGACCAAGUGCCCAGAAUCACACCAUCUCAGAGGAUCCCAUCAUGGCGUACUCUCAGGUCUUCCUAUUCUUCAGAAAUAACGGCACCCACGAUCUAUGGAAAGGACCGGGAAAUCGCGUUCUGGCGGGGACAUUCGAUUUGAAUAAUGUUACUUCUACUGAUGGCGAAUGGCUCACAUACAAUCGUCCCAUCGGGGGAAGUCUUCCAACAGGAGAAAGAAUCGAGACGGGCGUGUUGAGGUUGGAUAUGUCGCUCUGCUUCCAGCAGUUGGCCUUCAACUUUGCGGAAGUUGAGGUUUCCAGCAACAAGGACCUGAAGGAGUCGCAAGUCACCUGGACUCCGGAGACCAAGGCCUGGAACACGAAGAAAAUUCAGAAACUCAUGGGCAUCGGAUCCCACAGCAAGAGCACCAACAGCCGCGGGAUCUUCUCAGUGGACUCAACACAAAACACCCGCCACCUGAACGCAACGCAAUACCUGACCAACAAACUCAUCAACGACUUAUAUAGUUCGCCGCGAACAUUCAACUUUUCUCUCUUCAUGGAUCCUCAAGGCAGCGGGAAUUCCCCCAUCAAGCCGCACGUGGAGUACCAGGCCAUCUUUGCCGACAUUCUCAACGUCACCAAUCGUCCUGGCGUAGCGAUGCAGUCUACCUUGACAGCCCUCUCGGGUUCCAUUAUCAACGAGGCGCUUCCGCAGUUCGACGUUCAGGCCAACGCCAUCCUGACUUCGUCGGUGCGCGUGAUGACUCCCAAGAGCCUGCGCGGCCUGCUCAUCAUCUUCGGCGUCAUGGCUCUGAACAUGUCGUGUGGUCUUGCCGUGGUGCUCGUUUUUAUGGUGCAGAGUCGGUACUCUAGCCAAGGGAAUUAUUGGCAGGGUGUGGCGCAAAUUGUGUCUGAUGAGACAGCGUGGAUUCUGGAGGGUGCUACUGACGCGAGUGAUGGCCAUGUCGAGGAUGAGAUUAUGCCCUGA